AAAGGAUUGUGGGUAUACAAAAUGGCGACCUCUGUAAUGUCCUAUAAUGCGUAGCUGCCCACAACUCUUAUUUAACUAAGCCGACUCUCGGGUUUUUUUCCCCCACGCAGUACACUGUCACCAUGAAGCUAUCUUAUAUCGUGAGGCGGGCGCUCACCUUCAGCCAUCGCUUCAGUAUCGUCGCGAGCAAAAACGCCGGCUUCGGCGUUUCGCCUCGAGCGGGUCUCCGGGUGAUGAGGUACAGCCAGGCGGCGCUUGACGCGCCGGUCCAGCUAGCGUGCUACCGCUUGGACCACAGGGCGCUAGUCCGGGUCCAGGGAGCCGAAGUUAGCGCCUUUCUUCAGGGGCUGGUUACCAACGACGUGUACAAGUUGGAGGAGGCCGCCGUCGGGGCCAUGUACACUCAUAUGCUCAACGUACAAGGGAGAACGCUCUACGACAUAGUGAUGUAUAGGGCACCGGGAAGUGGCGUCCUCCUGGAGUGCGACAGCACCAUGACGGAUUCGCUUCUGAGACACCUGAAAGUCUACAAGAUCCGCAGGAAGAUCGACAUUAAUUCGUGUCCAGACCUUUUCGUGUGGGCCGUGCUGCCCUUGCAACAAAAUUGCAGCCAACGUUUCGGAAAGCCCGAGCUCUCCUCGCCAGAAAAGGCCGUUGUGUGGGAGACGGACCCUCGGACACGGGACAUGGGCUGGAGAUUGGUUCUGGAAAGUCAAGUGGACCCCCUAGAUGUGAUCCCGUCAUGUCAGAAAGGAGACACGGAGGAGUACAACAAGCAUCGCUAUUCCAUAGGACUUCCAGAGGGAGUGAAAGACCUUCCUCCAGGGGUGGCGCUACCACUGGAAUCCAACUUAGUCUACAUGCAAGGCAUCAGUUUCAGCAAGGGCUGCUACAUCGGCCAGGAGCUGACAGCCAGGACUCAUCACACCGGCGUGAUCCGCAAGCGUCUCAUGCCAGUGCGCUCGUCGGCGCCCAUCCAAGGCCUGGAGGAGGACGCCGGGCUACAAACGCAGUCGGGCAAGCCGGCCGGGAAGCACCGCGCGGGACUGGGACAUCGGGGCCUAAGCCUGAUCCGCCUGGCUCACGCUAAGGAGGUGUUGACGGUCAAAUGCGCCGACAGCACCCAAGUGACGCUCGAGGCCUCUGUGCCCGACUGGUGGCCUGAAGAUGAGAAAAGCGACUCGCAAGCUUCCACGUGACUUGCAUGAAUGCUGCUGACACAUUUCAAAUGGAAGCCUCAAGUGCUGUUUUAAGGUCACAACUUUAUUAUUAUUUAUUUUUAAAGGGCAAAUGAUGAGAUUGACACGUGCAAUUCACAGCGACAAGCCAAUCAUGUCAUGAAACGUCAAGAGUUUUAAUUAAAUGGUGUAUGAAAUAAUAUUUCAUAAGUAUCAAAGUGCCUUCAAAUGUUUUCGUUUGCAUUCAAGCUCUAUCCAAGAUGCCUAACUAUACAUAAAUAAAGUUGAAAAACAACGCAAGGCCAUUGAGGUUUCAGAAGCAACGAAAUAGGAUUCUAUGUUUUGCUGACAUUUAAACAACCAAGGACGCCUUCUGCUAGCUACCACCUACAUCUGAAUUUUGCUUAUUACCACUCACACUGGACCAAGAUCCACUAUUUUCAAGCAAUAGCUGGGUCACCCUGAAGAACUACCAUCUAAAGGUAAGUAGAAGUGAAGUGCUACCUUCACAGUUGAAAAUAGAAUCUAUGCUUUUACUGUUUUCAUGGAUAUCAGCUUGGUUUAGACUCCGGGGCUCAAAAAGUAGUCA